AGCCCAAAGAAUCACUUACACAUUCCCGUGGGAGCUGGCAAACUCUCGAAGAGCUCCUUCAUAACAAUAAUCACAAUCUCGAGGUUUUCUGCGAGAAUAUAUCAUUCGAUGGUGAAGAACGCUAUUCGUCCAUUGUCGCUCUUCAAGCCUUGUCGAUGCCGCGUAGUGCCAAGCUCCCCCUUCUUGUGGCGCGGAUCGACAAAGAGGCAGAGAAUCAGACGUCGAAGAGAAAGAGGAAGGAUCUGGUUGAUGAUGCAGAAAUGGAUGAGGGCCGUGAUGAGGUAUCACCAUUGACCAAGCGUUUCAAGAAAACGAUCAACACAGAAUUCCCUAGCCCGUCCGUUGCUGCGGAAGCGCAGAAUUAUUACGAUUUCCAGAAUGGAGAUACUCCUUUUCUUGAUGGCCGGUGUGCUUCCGAGCAGCCACUUGUCCCGGCACCGAUCGUGAUAUAUGAUCCUAUCUUCCCUACCUUCAUUGCGGACCUCAGUGGCUCGGAGCCAGUGGACGAUGACAUGAUGCGUCGAACGCAGGAGUUUAUGGUGUUGGUGUCGGAGAUACACGUCGCGGAGAGAGCGCACUAUGCCUCCCACUGCGAAGCGCUCAAAGGGAUUCUUCAAAGCGCCGUCGAGAGCAUUGCCCCUCUCAGUGGGUCAGCAUCCGACCACAUCAUCCCGUACGUCCGAGAAACAGAGACAGCUGCACUCGCUAUAGUAGAGGAGAAGGCCGGAUUAGGGAAAAGCGGAGAUGCUGUCGUUCAGGCUGAAUUCUCUUAUCGUCUGUACUGGAAGGAACGCAAACAUUUCGCCGAUGGCAGUUUUUUACCAACGUUUCUCAUCAGUUUGAUGGGACCCUAUCUGUCCUUCAGCGCCGCCAUUUGGACCACUGAUAUAAUUGUGCAGCCUCUCGCCUCGGGGCUUCUCUGGCUUGGUUCCCCUCCAUUGAUUAGUGACUUCGAGGUCAAACGGAUCGCGCGUAUGUUUAUUGCACUGAGGAAAGGCUUGGAGUCUCUUCGCCACCGAUACCAACAACUUCUUUUUCCCCCUCCUGAUUUGGGAAAGCGAUUUUUCCCGUUGGCAUCUUCCUUCCCUUACUCUGGCAAAGUGGUCCACUUCAACUAUGAGAAGUAUCUCAAGGCGAACGACGCAUCAUGCCUGGUUUUCUCUGCCACAUUGGACGAUACAAACAAAAUAGUCGACGAGCGACAGGUGGCUGUCAAGCGACUAGUUAUCAAAUUCGUCGAGCAGUAUGGCGAGAAGGUGCAUAAACUUCUUGCAGAGAAGGGUCUUGCACCAAAGUUGUAUUACUGCGGCGACAUCUGGCACAACGACCCUGUGGCAAACAAGGGCUGCGGCCCACGCAAGAUGGUCGUGAUGGAGUACAUAGAGGGUGAACGUGCCACGUUCGCUGACUGUGUCAAACAUAAGGAGAGGCUGUCCGAGGCGGUCGACCUCCUCCAUCACCAGAAGAUGGUCCACGGGGAUAUUCGAUUGCCGAAUAUCCUGAUCUCCGGCUAUCCCGAUGCACCGCUCAAGCUUCUCGACUUUGACUGGGCUGGCGUUCAGGGAGAAGCGAGAUACCCGGGUAGAUUAUCCACGAUCAUUCCUCGGGAUUGGGAUUCGGUGAAAGACUAUGGGCUGAUUGAAUACCGCCAUGAUAAGUUCAUGUUGGAACAUCUUCUCGGCCACUCGUAGAUGUGAAUUCAGCACCAUCAUUGCCGGAUGGGUGUUCAUCAUUGCUGGAUGGAUGUUGUCUGUACUGCAUUUGUUUUGGAGCUUCGUGUCACUGUUGAUUAGCGCCUGAUGGGUGCCAUCAUGUUGUAGAUGCAUGCAGCUGAAAUACCUUCUACAUCGUUUCGCUUUCGCCAUUUCUGCAUAGAUUGUAACAGGGAAUGCUUGAGACUCUGACAAGAAGGCUCGAGAGAAGCAGUCCUUCGGCGUGGUUCUAGACAUGAGGGGAGAAUACAUUAGUGUCCAAAC